AUGCAACAGGCACAGAUAGACUCCAAAGAUAGUGACCAGCAGGAAUCAACGUCAACAGCGUCGUCUGAUAUCCCUCAGGCGAUUGGGGCCAUAUCAAAGAAAAAGAAACCUACGCGGAGGAGACCAUCGAAAGGGGGGAAGGCCGCAAAAACUAUAGACCCUGAGGAGCAGUCGAGGCUGCAGGAGCUGCGGUCAAGACGUGCAGCUGAAAUGAAGGUAAAACUGCAUUCCCUGGAGUCUGUGCAGAAGUACAGGUUGUUGAAUACAAUCCUCACAAGGUUGCCAGGUCUUAUGUUUGAUGUGAUGGCCAUGUUUGAAGUAUCCCAGAGCCCUGACCCUGUUGGAGAUGUCCUGCAUUGGUGCACUUGCACCAAUUGCAGAGAAAUGGACACAGACCUGGAAAGGCUUUGCUGUCACCAGAUACCUACAAAUUGCAUAACCAACAUGGCACACAUGGAGUUCUAUGUGUUGGAUGAGGGGGUCUUGCGGCUGGCCCGUGCGGCCUGGAAUUACAUUUUUGCUGUUGAUGACAGCCAGGAGCCGGGUGUAGAACAGCGUCAAUAUAGACAUGCCGCCUACAGACAGUUUGUGCUGUGGCAGCAUGGCCGCCUGGGUGUGGGCAACAGAGUGGUGAUCCCCAGCUGUUGUGUCUGGAAGAUACGGAUCAAAUUCCCCGACCCAAGAGGCCGAUAUACAGGAUUCCGGGUGCACCGCCUUCAAUAGUUUU